UAUCAUAAUAAAGAAAAAGCAACUUUUUUUACAUUUUUUUUUAUGUUGAUAUUUAAAUGGUCCGUGUUUUUUGUUGGGACGAUUUUGUUUUGUUUUUCGAUUCUUGUUUGUUUUUUUGGUUAUGAAAAUAUUGUGGGAAUUUUGUGAGGUUGAGAAUCUUAGGUGUCAACUAAAAGAUGUUUUUUUGCUAUGUGGUUCAGUUUUCAGGUUGGUCUAGCAGGAACAGAAGAACAUCCUUUCAUGGUGUUAACUGGGAAUUGUGUUUCAGUUUUCUUGAUGGGAAGUUGGGGCUCUUUCAUAUUUUGACAAUGAAAUGAGUUCAUGAUUCAAAAUGAUAAUGGUAGGAGUGAGAGAGUGGAUAAGAAGCCAGAGAAUUUUUUCAUUUCUUGGCGGUCUUCAUGCAGUUCUCCGUGGAUAACUAUGGAAGGUUCAUCUGAGUCUGCUUGGCAGAAAUCUGAUAGUUCUAGGGCACUGAAUACUUCUGGAGUCUCAGACAGGGAUCCAAGGCUGUUUGGUGCUGAGCAAAUCGACGUUUCAGGUGAUGUUUCGCAUGAUUUUGGGUUUAGAAAGGAGGAUGAUAGGGAUGUGCUGGCUCAUAAUGAUCACCUUAGAAGCCAGGUUGGUGUCUCUGGGGUUUGCGAGGAUGAGACAGCAGUAAACCCUUUCGUCCGUACCAUUGAAUGGGGUGAUGUUAGCUUAAGGCAGUGGUUGGAUAAAUCAGAACGGUCCAUUGAUGUCUUCGAAUGUUUGCACAUAUUUAGGCAAAUAGUUGACAUUGUAAAUGUAGCGCAUUCACAAGGGAUUGUUGUCCAUAAUGUUCGGCCUUCCUGCUUUGUCAUGUCCUCCUUUAAUCAUGUUUCCUUCAUUGAAUCUGCAUCUUGUUCGGAUUCUGGAUCUGAUUUUGUUGAGGAUGCGUUAAAUAGCCAAAAUAUGGAGGUUAAGGAUUUAUCCUCUACUUUGCCCCUUGACAUGCAUCAGCAACGUGGGCUGAUGAAUGAAGAUGUGCAAACUCCAACAAAUGCUGUAUCAGAAGCCAGUUGCAUGCAGUCAGGCUCAGUAUGUGCAAGGAAUGCACCUUUAGAGGAAAGUGAAGAAAAUAAACUCUUGGACAGAAGAAACUUUGAACAAGUAGAAGAGAGAAAGCAACCAUUUCCUAUGAAACAAAUAUUGCUUAUGGAGAACAGUUGGUACACUAGUCCUGAAGAGGUUGCUGAUUCUACCAGUACUUGUGCUUCCGACAUCUAUAGGUUGGGAGUUCUUCUUUUUGAGUUAUUCUGCCCGUUUAGCUCCAGAGAAGAAAAGACUAGAACCAUGUCUAGUUUAAGACAUCGAGUUCUUCCUCCACAGUUGCUAUUGAAGUGGCCAAAGGAAGCUUCAUUUUGUUUAUGGUUAUUGCAUCCUGAGCCAAGUAGUCGUCCAAAAAUGGGUGAGUUGUUACAGAGUGAGUUUCUUAAUGAACCAAGAGAUAAUCUGGAAGAACGUGAAGCGGCCAUAGAACUCAGGGAGAGAAUAGAGGAGCAAGAGUUAUUGCUAGAAUUCCUUUUGCUGAUACAACAAAGGAAACAGGAAGUUGCUGAUAGGUUGCAGGAUACUGUUUCUUUUCUGUGUUCUGACAUUGCAGAAGUUACAAAGCAGCAAACAAUUUUAAAGAAAAAGGGAAGCUCAUAUACAGAGGUGGGCAAAGAUGACACUUCAACAUCAAAUCUCCCCUCAGUAAAUAUCGUUGAUACUGAUGAUUCUUCUACCUUGGGUUCUAGAAAACGACUUAGACCAGGACUUCAGAUUCAAAAUAUAGAAGAAUGUGGUGAUAAUCUAGACACUCGUCAAAAGUCUGAUACAGUUACUGAAAAUAAAGAAAGCAUUCUCCUGAAAAGUUCUCGGUUGAUGAAAAACUUUAAGAAACUUGAGUCGGCAUAUUUUUUGACAAGAUGCAGGCCAGUGAAGCAGUCAGGGAAGCCUUUGAGUAGACAAACACCAUUGAUUAGUGAUGGCAGGGGAUCUAUUGUUCUGACAGAAAGAAGUUCUGUCAAUAAUUUAACAUCAAAAGAGAGGUAUAGCGAGAGCUUGGAAAGUGGAUGGAUAAAUCCCUUCCUUGAGGGCUUGUGCAGGUAUCUAUCUCACAGCAAGUUAAAGGUCAAGGCAGACUUGAAGCAAGGGGAUUUAUUAAAUUCUUCCAACCUCGUAUGCUCUCUCGGUUUUGAUCGUGAUGCAGAAUUUUUUGCUACAGCUGGUGUAAAUAAGAAGAUUAAAGUAUUUGAAUGUGAUGCAAUAAUAAAUGAAAAUCGUGACAUCCACUAUCCCGUGGUUGAAAUGGCUAGUCGGUCAAAGCUAAGCAGUAUAUGUUGGAAUAGUUAUAUUAAAAGCCAGAUUGCAUCAAGUAACUUUGAAGGAGUGGUGCAGGUGUGGGAUGUUACAAGAAGUCAAGUACUCACUGAAAUGAGAGAACAUGAGAAACGCGUAUGGUCCAUCGACUUUUCAUCAGCAGAUCCAACAAUUUUGGCUAGCGGGAGUGACGAUGGCUCUGUAAAGCUAUGGAGUAUCAAUCAGGGAGUAAGUAUUUGUACCAUCAAAACAAAGGCCAAUGUUUGCUGUGUCCAAUUUCCCUUGCACUCUGGUCGUUCUCUUGCAUUUGGUUCAGCAGAUCAUAAAAUUUAUUAUUAUGAUCUCCGAAACUCUAGGAUUCCUCUAUGCACACUAGUCGGGCACAAUAAAACUGUGAGUUAUGUCAAGUUUGUGGAUUCAAGUACUCUUGUCUCUGCUUCUACGGAUAAUACUCUGAAGCUUUGGGAUUUGUCAAUGUGCACAUCUCGGGUUAUUGAUACUCCCCUUCAGUCCUUUACUGGCCACAUGAAUGUAAAGAACUUCGUGGGCUUGUCAGUAUCUGAUGGUUACAUUGCCACUGGCUCAGAGACUAAUGAGGUAUUCAUAUAUCAUAAGGCUUUCCCAAUGCCAGCAUUGACAUACAAGUUCAACAACAUGGAUCCACUUUCUGGGCAUGAAAUGGAUGAUGCUGCACAGUUUAUCUCUUCCGUGUGUUGGCGUGGCCAGUCCUCUACCCUAGUUGCUGCAAAUUCUACUGGGAAUAUCAAAAUUUUGGAGAUGGUUUAGUUUGGCCUCUUCUUCUAAAUCAUCCACAAUUCAAUCAAGGACAGAACCAAACCCAUCCUCCAUGCAAGUGCAGAACAACGAGUAAUGGCAGGUACCUUCCAUUGGAGAAGAUUAAGGGCAUAGCUUUUGAGCAAAACAAUUUUUGGCUGUAGAUGAUAGCGGAUGCAGUUAACAUGAAGAGUGAGAAUGACUUGAUCAAAUAUAUGUAGAUAAAAAUUCAAAGGAGAGAAAAGGGGUAAAAAAUCAGUCCUCUUGUAUAUUUUAUAAUGUUAUAGUUCAUAGUCAAUUUUUUUUAACAAGUAUAAUUAAUUUUUCUGAUGCAUCACAGUUUACCAUUUCGUGGUGGAUGUUAUUUAUAAAUGUUUCCACAACUGUUAGCAAAAUGGCAGAACAUAAUUGUCAAGGCACUUUAUUUCUUUUUUA